CUCUCUCUCUCUCUCUCUCUCUCUCACACACACAGAGCCGUACUAAGAGAAAGAGAAAGAAAAAAAAAAUCUGUGUUGUUGUUGUUAAUCUUUAGAAAUGUUUGUUUUUAGUUUUGAGAAGUAGUAAUACUAAUAUUAUUAUUAUUUGGGUUUGCUUUGGUGGGUUGGUUUCAUUGUUUGUGAUUGUUGUUGUUGAUGUUAUAAACAAGGACACUCAAUCUCUUGCUUCGUUUCAGCAAAUAGAAGAAGGGAAGCAAGGAAAAGAUUGCUGCUUUCUUCUCUUGCAGAAGAUCCUAUUUCCAUUCUUUGCUAUCUACUAGAGCUUCCCAUUUUAGAUUAAAGCUCCGGUAGUACUCUUUUGACUGGUGACCAUGGCUCCUUUAUUGGGUUUCUUCUGAGUUUUAAUUACUCUUUCCGUACCAUACGCACUCUACUCACAUGUAUUCCUAUCAUGAUUUGACUGCAACAAAGGAUGGGGGAUCACUUUGUAUUAUUGAUGGAUCGGUUACUCACUGAAUCUACUCUUGAAGCUGCUAUUGAGAGUGAAAAAUUGUUGCAGCAAGCCAUGCCCUCAGCAAGCAAAGAUUAUUCGAGUUCUUCCCACAGGAUCAAUUUCAAAACCGGUUUAUCUCCAAGUAAAUUGGUAGAGUGUAAGAUUUGCCAUGAUGAGGAUGAAGAGUCAAACAUGGAGACACCCUGUUCUUGCUGUGGUAGCUUGAAGUAUGCUCACCGUAAAUGUGUACAAAGAUGGUGCAAUGAGAAGGGAGACACUACCUGUGAGAUCUGCCUCCAGCAAUUUAAGCCGGGUUAUACAGCACCUCCUCCGUUUCACUAUGCUGGUAGUCCAAUCAACUUCAGGGGAAAUUGGGAGAUUUCCAGAAGGGACCUGAACAACCCUCAAUUUAUAGCAAUGGUUGCUACUGAUCGUGAAUUUCUGGACAAUGACUUUGAUGAGUAUUCAUCUCCCACUUCAAGGAGCCUAAUAUGCUGCCGUUUAGUUGCUAUAAUUUUACUCAUGUUGAGGACCAUUGGGAUUCUUUUGCCAAUCUACAUCAUGGUUAGAGCAUUCACUGCCAUCCAGCGUCGAAGAAACCUUCAGGAUCCUCAUUUCUCCCUUGCCACGUCAGAUGAGGAAAACAACUUACCACAGUAUCAAUCACGUGUUAUUCAUGUUCUGUAACUCUGCAGCUACCUAUCUUGCCUGAACAAAUCCAGAAGCACUCAUGCAUACGGAAACAUUUGCUUUAUGGGGUGUACCAAAAAGGAUAUCCACAUUCAGAUUUAUAAAGCCAGGCUGAAGAUAGUUGUAACCGCAGAAGCUCUAAUCCUUGGUGCAAUAGUGCCACCUUUACCUAAUAUUCAAGACGCAUCCUUAGAUCCUAGAUCAAAAUAUAAAAGAAAAAUCCAUCUUAUAGCAAUGUUUAUAUUAUACAGUAUAGUUAGCAGGAAAGCCAACUGUAUAUGAUAGUGCUGCUUGCAGAAAAUGAGAAGCCAAAAUUAAAGUUGAGUAUAAUGUUCAAAAAAGAUGGUAAAAUUAUUAAAUGAUUAAUACUAGCAUGUGGGAGUGCUAGUAAACUUCACACAGAUGCACAAUCGUCUGUCAUCCCUUCCCCAUUA